CAUACAAAAUUUGAGAAACAUUUAAACGUCGAAUUUGAUCCAUCUCAAAUUUCUUUUGUUCAAUGUCUCAAAAGUGCUUCCAUAGCUGGUUUUAUCAUCUUCUACGAUGACCGAAAAAGAUACGCAGCCAAUGAGUCAAAACGUGGACGAAGAUGCAGAAAAUGUAGCACCGACGAACGAUUCACCCUCGUGGGGAUUGUUGUUUUGGACCAGUAAUCGUGACCUGGAAACUGAAAGGCUAAGACAUGGAAAAGAUUUGUACAAAGUGGGGCGUGGGGUAGUGAAUGAUAUUAUUAUCUGCCAAGAAAAUUGUAGAAUCAAUUUAAAUAACCUUAGUCGGGUUCACUGUGGUUUCAAAAGAAUCAAGGACGUGACUGCUGAUUAUCAGACAAUCAUAGAAGAUUAUUCAGCAAACGGGACAUUUGUAAAUGGUGUCAAAAUUGGGAAAGGGAGGAACAAGCUGCUGACUCAUGGAGACGAAAUCUCUAUGACUUGUUCUAAGGGCAAAGUCUUCAUCUACUUGGACACCCAGCAUAGAAAUCCUGGCUUUCCUGCAGACAUCAACAGAAAAUUUGUAAUUGUUGAAAACCUUGGAAAAGGGUCAUUUGGUGAAGUAUGGUUGGCUGUUCAUAAAAGCUCGAACAAAAAAUAUGCUAUUAAAAGUGUACGACACCAAACGAAUUGUUACAAUGAUGCUAAACGAGCCGACGCUGUACAACAACUGAAAAACGAGUCGGAUUUACUCUGCACUUUGGAACAUCCUGGCAUUGUUAAGGUAGAAGAUAGCAUUUGCAAAGCCAAGUCUAUCCAUCUUGUUCUAGAAUUAAUGAACGGAGGGGAUUUGCAGAAAAGAAUCAAGAGUGAAACUCAGAUUAAAGAAUCGACAGGAAAAUACUAUUUUUUCCAAUUGUUGUUGGCCGUCCAAUAUUUGCACAAACAAGGGAUUGUUCACCGCGAUUUGAAACCUGAGAAUAUUUUGAUGUCUAGUCAGGACGAUAACGCCAUUCUUAAAAUCUCGGAUUUCGGUCUGUCCAAAUUUGUUGACGAAGAAACCGUAUGCAAAACUUAUUGCGGUACGCCGCUGUAUUUGGCGCCGGAAGUGAUUUGUAACAGGACCAUCAACCGACCCUAUACCAGCGCUGUUGACGUCUGGAGCCUAGGGGUGAUCCUGUUUCUCCUCUUGUCCGGGUACCACCCAUUUAUUCAUUCGUAUCCGGCUGAAGAUAACAUUGUGAAAGGAGCUUAUCUGCUGAGAAAAGAACGAUGGAGUAAAGUGUCCAGCGAAGGAUUGGCCUUGGUCAGAAAAAUGUUGGAAGUCAACCCCAUUCAACGUCCUACAUUAGAGGCUAUAAUGGAGGAUCAAUGGAUGAUGGACGACGAGGUGAUUACUAAAGUAUACGAACUAAUCUUUGCAAACAGCGACGUCGAUACGCUUCCCAUGCCCUUCGCCAGUCUCAAAGAGAAUGAGACCAACAAUGAACCUCAAUGUAAACGCCAGCGGGUAGUAUCUAUUUAAAAAUAUCAUCCUUUUGUUCUUCUGAAAGGCUUUGCCCGGAUUAUUGCCUUUAAAACAGUUGGCUUAUUUCUGUUUGUUCUUAACUAAUGAUCUCGUCAUUAAGCAGUUGUAUAUUUAAGACGCCUGUCCCUCAACGUUUUCCCCUGUUACAUUAAUUCGUUGACGUGGCCUUUCGUCAGUUUGAUACAUCCCAAUUCAGUCAAGAAUUUAACUAUAAUUUCUUUUUUCUUAAAACAUUUUUCUUUGCCUCUGUGCCGGAAGGAAUAAAAGCAACCAGUAUUAAAGAUCAUGUAUGUGACUUGGAUUUGAAGAAAAAACUGGUAGCCAAGGGAUUUAAGAAAAUCCCUAGAACAAGUUCGAACAGGUCAACCGGUUUCUUCUAAUAAUUUUCCGGAACUAUUAACGGAAUCCCCUUCAAACGGAUACUUAUUAUACAGUGAAAGCGACAGAAAGAGGUGGGCGAGGAGGUCAAGAUGAUUGAUGGUUUUGAGCCCAUAAGGCAUGAGUGGGCGCUAUGUAUAUCCUGCCAUUUGAAAAGAAAGUAAGAUUUUUCAGUGUUCUCACGCUAUACUGUACCAGAAGAAGGCUUCGAGGUUCAAGUCUCCAGCAGCAGUCGCUUAUCCAUCUUCUCACUCUACGUACCUGCAGAUAUCUGAGCCAAGGGACUUCCCCCCUGCCCUGAAGCGAUACGGAACAGGUUUAUUUUCUUCUUCUUUCCUUUUCUUGUUCUUUAUUGAAAGACUGAAAUAAAGAGAGCGUCAGGAGGAAGACACGAUCCAUUCGACCUCCAACAGUCAUUCCAGCCGCACACGACUCCCAGUGACGGAGAUAACAACCUACUCUUCGUGACAACUACUUUGCACGCUGGUCCACCUAUAACCACGCUGAACAAUGUUUCCUACCAAUCAUUCCACAUCCGACAACAAAACCAUGACGAACACCGUCGAAAAAAAAGUAAACCCGGUAACGACAAGUAAACCGAAAUAUUUGGUCGCUGUCUUUAGUGUGUUAGUGGUUAGCAUCGUGGCUGUGUUGGUCGUAACGGUUGCAUCACAAGCGAGGAACAGUACGAGACAGGAACAAUAUGAUAACAAUGCAGCUUCAUUAGCAACAGAACUACGCCAUCCGCGAUUCAUCGGUCAACAUACCGCUGCUAACGUUCCAACAGAAACGACCGAGUCCAUCGUCCUGAAGAAUGUGAAGGCGUUUAUGCGGGUUGUCACGCCUUUAACAGUUGGCAACAACGGAACGAGUGCCCCGAGACAAAUCCUUCAACAAGAGAUUGCCAGUGUUGAUAACAAACCGGGUGCAUCCGAAGUGUUUUCGACUGAAACAGUGAUUUAAACAAAAAGAAGAAAAGCGCAACAACAUCCGUAAAAA